CAGCCCCGUUCUCCCUCCCCCUCGCCCCUCUCCUCGGUCAGUCCUGGAGACUUGACUGCCUUCCCUUCGUCUCCCUAAGCUCCUCCAGCCCCUCCAAGCCGGAGCUGCGGGGCGGGCGGCGGGGGCGCGGAGGAGGACGCGAGGCCGAGGCCGGGAUGAUGGAGGGGACUCCGCCUCGGACCGGGCUGAACCGGGGACAGCUACAGUGCCGUAACCUGCAGGAGUUUUUGAGGGGUUUGAGUCCUGGAGUACUAGACCGACUUUAUGGUCACCCAGCCACCUGCCUGGCUGUCUUUAGGGAGCUCCCAUCCUUGGCUAAGAACUGGGUGAUGCGGAUGUUGUUUCUGGAGCAGCCAUUGCCCCAAGCAGCUGUAGCCCUGUGGGUGAAGAAGGAAUUUAGCAAAGCCCAAGAAGAAAGCACAGGACUGUUGAGUGGUCUCCGUAUCUGGCACACCCAGUUGCUCCCUGGUGGCCUCCAAGGCCUUAUCCUCAACCCUGUCUUCAGACAGAAUCUUCGUGUUGCUCUUUUGGGAGGGGGGAAGGCUUGGUCAGAUGACACAAGUCAGCUUGGCCCAGACAAACAUGCCCGGGAUGUUCCAUCACUGGACAAGUAUGCAGAGGAAAGAUGGGAGGUGAUCCUGCACUUCAUGGUUGGCUCCCCGAGCGCAGCCGUCAGCCAGGACCUGGCCCAGCUACUCAGCCAGGCCGGGCUCAUGAAGAGUUCUGAGCCUGGAGAGCCACCCUGCAUCACCUCUGCGGGCUUCCAGUUCUUGCUGCUAGACACACCUGCCCAGCUUUGGUAUUUUAUGCUGCAGUAUUUGCAGACAGCCCAGAGCCGAGGCAUGGACCUGGUUGAGAUCCUGUCCUUCCUCUUCCAGCUUAGCUUCUCUACUCUUGGAAAGGAUUAUUCUGUGGAGGGCAUGAGUGAUUCCCUUCUUAACUUUUUGCAACAUCUGCGAGAGUUUGGGCUGGUGUUCCAAAGGAAGAGAAAGUCUCGACGGUACUAUCCAACCCGACUGGCUAUCAACUUGUCAUCAGGUGUUACUGGUGCUGGAGGUACUGCUCAUCAGCCAGGCUUCAUUGUUGUGGAAACCAACUACCGGCUAUAUGCCUACACUGAGUCAGAACUUCAGAUUGCACUCAUUGCCCUGUUCUCUGAGAUGCUCUAUCGAUUCCCCAAUAUGGUAGUAGCCCAGGUUACUCGGGAGAGUGUGCAGCAGGCCAUUGCUAAUGGUAUCACAGCCCAGCAGAUCAUCCACUUCCUGAAGACGAGAGCACAUCCAGUGAUGCUGAAACAGACCCCUGUACUGCCUCCCACCAUCACAGAUCAGAUCCGACUCUGGGAGUUGGAGAGAGACCGCCUUCGAUUCUCUGAGGGCGUUCUGUACAACCAGUUCCUGUCCCAGGUGGACUUUGAGCUGCUGCUGUCGCACGCCCGGGAGCUGGGUGUGCUGGUCUUCGAGAACACGGCCAAGCGGCUCAUGGUGGUGACCCCAGCAGGGCACAGUGACGUCAAGCGGUUUUGGAAGAGGCAGAAGCACAGCUCCUGAGCCGGUGUCGGGGCCUCGCGCACCCCAGAGACUGCCGGGGAGACGGCCUGGAGGGUGCAGCGGGCCCGCCCGGAGCCGAGCGGCGCGGGCACUAAGGCCGUGGGCGGCCCGGCCGGGAGCGCCAUGCCCUCUGGCUACCCCGGGCAGGGGUGGUAUCCUCACGGCCGCCGCGCUCAGAAUGCCUGGCACUUGGCGUGAGCCGCAGGCCCUAGCACCUUUUUUUUUUAUCACGUCGUAACUUUCCACGUCCAAUAAAGUUUGUAUAAA